UUGUCCAUCAUUAAGAAUGUCUCUCGGAGUAAAGACAGAAGGACUCUCUCCCCCCUCCUCCUCCCGGGGGUGGGGGGUGGUCAGGUGACCGAACAGCUGCCCCCCAUACAGUAUCGCCACAGUACCAGACGUCAGUAGUCGGGAGCACCGGAUUACCGGAGGACCGGAGAACGGGAGUAGACUACAGUAGUCCGCCGCUCAGUCUUCUUCCAUAGUCCCGUACCGCGCGCGCAGAGCGCAGAGAUGGCGCGUCGCGCGGCGCUGCUGGUGUUACUGGUGUUACUGGGAGCGACCUUGGCUCCGGCGUCGGAGGUGCCGGGUGAUGAUGCGCUGGGCCUGCUGGGGGAGCCGCAGGUGGCCAUGUUCUGUGGGAAGCUCAACAUGCACGUCGAUGUGCAGAGCGGGAGGUGGGGAGCGGACCCGGCCGGAGCCAAGAGCUGCAUCGGUACCAAGGAGGGCAUCCUACAGUACUGCCAAGAGGUGUAUCCAGAGCUGCAGAUCACGAACGUGGUGGAGGCCAACCAGCCAAUCAGCAUCCAGAACUGGUGCAAGAAAGGCCGCAAGCAGUGCGGCAGCCACACCCACAUCGUGGUGCCGUACCGCUGCCUCGUGGGGGAGUUUGUGAGCGAUGCUCUGUUGGUUCCGGACCAGUGCCGGUUCCUGCACCAGGAGCACAUGGACCAGUGUGAGAGCCACCUGCACUGGCACACCGUGGCCAAGGAGUCCUGCGGCGACCGCUCGAUGAAUCUCCAUGACUACGGGAUGCUGUUGCCGUGCGGCAUCGACCGUUUCCGGGGGGUGGAGUUUGUGUGCUGCCCAGCGGAGGCGGAGCCUGAGGCGGACAGCGGCCAGCAGGAAGGGGCGGAGUCUGACGUCUGGUGGGGCGCAGCCGAGAACGAGUACACAGAUAACAGUAUGACCCGGCAGACGGACAUGGGGGCCGCCGCCACCGAGGAUGAUGAGGAUGAGGACGAAGAGUACCAGGAAGACCGGGACGGGGAGGCGGGCGAUGAAGAGGAGGACGAAGAGGAGGACGAGGACGGAGACGAGAGGGACAGCGACGAGCGCAGCGCCAGCGUCGCCACGACAAUCACCACCACGGAGUCGGUGGAGGAGGUGGUCCGGGUGUCCACAACGGACCCCAGCCCUGUGGACCCCUACCUCGGGGGCCCCCCCAGCCCUGUGGACCCCUACCUCGGGGGCCCCCCCAGCCCUGUGGACCCCUACCUCGGGGGCCCCGGGACCGGAGGGGAGCACAGAGACUUCCAGAAGGCGAAGGAGAGACUGGAGGCCUCGCACCGCGACAAGAUGGCCCAGGUGAUGAGGGAGUGGGAGGACGCUGAGCGACAGGCCAAGAGUCUUCCUCGUGCCGAAAAGAAGGCCGUCAUCCAGCUCUUCCAGCAGCGGGUGGGGGCCCUGGAGCAGCGCGCGGCGGCGGAGCGGCAGCAGCUGGUGGAGCACCACGCCGGGCGGGUGGAGGAGCUGCUCAACGGCCGGCGACGCCUCGCCCUGGAGGCCUACCGGACCGGGCUGCAGGCCACGCCCCCACGGCCCCGGCAGGUCCUGGGCCUCCUGAAGAAGUACGUGCGGUCGGAGCAGAAGUACCGACAGCACAGCCUGAAGCACUACGAGGCCAUCAGGGCCGUGGCCCCCCACAGGGCCGCGGAGGUGAUGACUCGUCUCCAUGUGAUUGACGAGAGGCUGAACCAAUCACUGGAGCUCCUCUACAAGGUUCCAAGCGUCGCUGACCAGAUCCAAGCCCAAGUCGCUGUUCUUAUGCAGAAUGUUCGGGCAGAGCUGUCUCAGCAGGUCUCCUCCCUGCAGAGCGAUGGGCGGGCCGAGGGGCGUGUCAGCUAUGGUGACGACGCCCUGAUGCCCCCGGACGCGGCCCACCGCCCCGGAACCCUGGACCAGCUGAGCUUCAACCAGCCCAACACCGAGAACCACGUGUUGGCCCUGAUGCCGGAGGAGAGGCGGGAGGUGGUCCUAGACCCCGAGGAGGAACAGGGCACUGGCUACGAGGUCCACCCCCAGAGGCUGGUGUUCAUCGCUGAGGAUGUGAGCUCCAACAAGGGCGCCAUUAUCGGACUGAUGGUGGGAGGAGUCGUCAUAGCGACGGUGAUUGUCAUCACCCUGGUGAUGCUGAGGAAGAAACAACACUCGUCCAUCCAUCAUGGAGUGGUCGAGGUGGACGCGGCGGUGACCCCUGAAGAGCGACACCUAACCAAGAUGCAGCAGAACGGCUACGAGAACCCCACCUACAAGUUCUUUGAGCAGAUGCACAACUGAAGUCUCCUCUUAGGUCCUCCCAUCAGAUUAACCCUCAUG